AUGUCUAACCCGCCCAGCCCCUCCCUUGAUCAACUUCUUGGAACUCCCCCACCUCCCGGGUUGGGACUGGACAGUAUCCAGGCCAUGAGGUGGGGGGCCAAACAUCCUCCAAAAGACCCGCAGGCCUCAUUUGCAGGCAAAGUAGUCAUGAUCUCCGGCGCCAACUCUGGAAUAGGGUAUCAUGCCGCUGAAAAGUUUGCCAAGCUAGGUGCAUCCAAGGUGAUCUUGGCUGUCCGAACACCAGCCAAGGGCAACAUGGCCAAGGAGCAGAUCGAGGCAGCAAUGGGAUGCAGCGAGAAGUCGAACGGCAUCGUUGUCAUGCAGUUGGACAUGGAUGAUUUUCAAUCUGUCAAGCAAUUUGCCACCAAGUUGGAGGAGGAAGUCGCCGUCGACGGACUGGAUGUCGCUAUUUUGAAUGCCGGCAUUUUGGCGCCGAACUAUACGGCGAUUGAAUCGACAGGCUGGGAAUCGACACUACAAGUCAAUGUCCUCUCAACGGCUUUGCUCGCUAUUCGCCUCAUGCCUCUACUGAAACGGGCCGCCGAGAGAAACGGUCAGCCGUCUCAACUGACGAUGACAAGCAGCGCGGGAUCUCUUUCAGUAACUCCCGCGGAUAUACCCACGGAUGUGCCGAGCAUACUACAGGCCUUAAACGAGCCCGGGUCGUUCGGCUUAAGAUCGACAUACGUCAUCUCAAAACUACUGGUUUUGUACAUCAUGCGCGGUCUUGUUGACGAUUAUUCCGAGCCUGUACCUCCCAAUGAGUCGAUGUGCGGGAAUACACACCCGCCGAUCUCUGUGGCCGUCAAUGUGAUCUGUCCUGGAUAUACAGUCACAAAUAUUGGCCGAGGGGCUCCCUACUACAUAACUGUGAUGAACAAGCUGUUGCAGCUGUAUGGGGGGAGAUCAGCAGAGCAGGGGAGUCGAUCAUUGGUGAGUGCGGCACUACUGGGGGUACAUGGACACGGGAAAUUUUGGUCCCAUGACACAUUUGUUGACCAAGGAUACAUGGUCACCAGUGAGGAGGGCCAGAAGCUGCAAGCUCGGAUAUGGAAGGAAAUCCACGGUGUUUGCAUGAAAGAACUCGAAUGA